AUGUAUUUCUUCCAGAUUAUCUACGUGGUGUGGGCGAUAUCUGGGACAGUCUCGGCGCAGCUCUCCGGGAGCGUUGGCCCGCAGACCUCCUACUCGGACAAGGCCAAUGCCAAGAUCUGUAAUAUUUCCGACUACGGAGCGGUCGAAAGCGAUAGCACCAACGACGUCGGGCCCACUCUCCAGGAUGCCUUGGAUGACUGUGCGAGUGGGGGAAUGGUGUACAUACCCUCGGGGAACUACUACAUCUCAAGCACGGUCACCCUCAGCAGUGCGACAGGCAUUGUGCUGCAACAUGACGGAAUCCUGUACCGCACGGCUGCUGAGAACUGCGUGGCACUUGUUUUAGAACUGGCCUAGGUUCUACUCGGACAAUUCGCGCCCUACGAUUCAAUUAUUGUGCUCCACAAAUGAUACAAACACCCAUAUCGUCUUGAACAACAUCGCCCUCUGGACUGAUAGCGGCGCUGAGGUUACC